CAUGUCCAUCAUCCACAAAUGCUCUGCCACGGCCCCGAUUGAGCCACUUGGUUUCUCUGCUGUCUCAUUCAUUGAUAAUCCCUGCUGAUAUGCCUGUUUCUUUCUUCUGAAUUUUCUCUUUUGUCCUCUCUUUGUAAUUUCUUUCUAUCCUCUAAAAACUAAGUUUGAAUCCCAGUUUAUUUAAAUAUUAAAUAUAUUAAUUGUUCACCAUUUUGUGUUUCUUUAGUUCAUCAGGAAGAUUAUAAGAUACUUAAAGGUGGGGACUGUGUUCUCUGUGGCUUUGUAGUGCCUGGCACAUAAUAAUCUUUGUCACUGUUGUUGUUUUAAUACGUACUGUAUCUUCCUAAAUAACGUAAAAUUAUUUCAUUUUUUCCCCCGUAGGUAUAACGAACUGUAAACUAAAAAAAAAAAAAAAUUAAAAAAAAUAAAAAGCAAAGAUGGGUGAAAAGAAACCAGAGCCUUUGGACUUUGUGAAAGAUUUCCAGGAAUACCUGACUCAGCAGACCCAUCAUGUCAACAUGAUUUCUGGAUCAGUUAGUGGGGACAAAGAAGCAGAGGCUCUUCAGGGAGCUGGAACAGAUGGUGAUCAAAAUGGACUUGAUCACCCAUCUGUUGAAGUUUCCCUGGAUGAAAACUCAGGAAUGUUAGUAGACGGGUUUGAAAGGACCUUUGAUGGGAAGCUCAAGUGUCGGUACUGCAACUAUGCCAGCAAAGGCACCGCACGGCUCAUUGAACACAUUAGAAUCCACACAGGUGAGAAACCUCAUAGAUGUCACUUAUGUCCAUUUGCAUCUGCUUAUGAGCGUCAUCUGGAAGCCCAUAUGCGUUCCCAUACAGGAGAAAAACCAUAUAAAUGUGAAUUGUGUUCCUUCCGCUGCAGUGAUCGAAGUAACCUGUCGCAUCAUCGAAGGCGCAAGCAUAAAAUGGUACCAAUUAAAGGUACUAGGUCUUCCUUAAGCAGCAAGAAGAUGUGGGGGGUUUUACAGAAGAAAACAAGCAAUCUGGGCUAUAGCAGACGAGCACUAAUCAACUUAAGCCCACCUUCCAUGGUGGUUCAGAAGCCAGACUACCUUAAUGACUUUACCCAUGAAAUCCCGAAUAUCCAGACUGACUCCUAUGAAAGUAUGGCAAAACCCACACCAGCUGGUGGCCUGCCAAGGGACCCCCAAGAACUCAUGGUUGACAACCCUUUAAACCAGCUGUCAACUCUAGCAGGACAGUUGUCCAGUUUGCCACCUGAAAACCAAAACCCCGCAUCCCCUGAUGUAGUUCCCUGCCCUGAUGAGAAGCCUUUCAUGAUGCAGCAGCCCUCUGCUCAAGCAGUAGUUUCUGCCGUGUCAGCCAGUAUUCCUCAGAGCUCCUCUCCCACUAGCCCUGAAGCUCGGCCAUCACAUAGUCAGAGGAACUAUAGUCCGGUGGCAGGUCCGAGCAGUGAACCAAGUGCUCACACGAGUACUCCCAGCAUGGGAAACAGUCAGCCAAGCACUCCAGCUCCGACCCUGCCGGUCCAGGACCCUCAGCUUCUACACCACUGCCAGCACUGUGACAUGUACUUUGCCGACAAUAUCCUUUACACUAUUCAUAUGGGAUGUCAUGGGUAUGAAAAUCCUUUUCAGUGUAACAUAUGUGGAUGCAAAUGUAAAAACAAGUAUGAUUUUGCCUGUCAUUUUGCAAGAGGGCAACAUAACCAACACUGAUGGGAAACAAUCACGUUAUGCUUUACUUGGUUUGCCUUUUUGUGUUUUGUAGUUUACUGUUGUUUUCUGCAGGGGAGGGGUAGGGGGUGUCGUCCCUAUUAAGGUGUUGCUAAUUUAAAGUCUUAUACAUACAGAGUAUAAAUUUGACAGUGGAAACAAAAAUUUUUUUUUCUUCCAUAAAAACCUCAUCAGGGUCAUUUAUGUAUUAGAACAGUUGGACACGUUGGUGUCUGUUUUUUCCUUUCAUUUAGACAUUUGAGAAUUGGAGUGCAAUGAUAAUCUUACAAGUGGUCAUUUAAAUUUCUCACAUUUAUGGUCCAUAAAAACUUCAAGGCUGAUAGAUACCCUUGAUUUCAACAUCUACACUGCAGCUAGAUGUUAUUUCUGCCAUAAUUUCAAAAUGGUAAAUUACUUUCUCUUACAAAAUCUGUUACAAUUUAUUUCAAUGUUUAGUGGAGGAAUUGCCUUGAAAAUUGCCAUUAAUUAAAAACUAUUUAGUAAACAUAGCUUAGUUGAAUCAGUAGUUUAAUUUCAACUGAUAAUAGUAAAGCAAUUUCAGUGUAGUAAAUCUUUCUUUUUUCCAUAAGGGAAAAUAAAAAACAUUUAAUUCUUUUAAAAUUAAAGUUAUAAAAAUAGGUAAAAGUUCUGAAAAGAAAUGAAACUUAAGACUUUAAAUUGAAAAUGGAGUUUAAUAUUUAAAAUACCUGCCUAUUCAACUUGUAGUUUAAACACACAGCAAUUUUCCAUUGGAUUCUUUUUAUUAUACUUGUAAUUUAUUUUAAAAACUACAGGUAAAUAUAUGAGAACGCUAGAAAUAUCAGAGGAUUAUCUAUGAAGAUGCCUUUUUUCCUUUUAAUCUGAACUGUUCAUUUAAAUCUUCAUUCUGAUGUUACACGGGAGGUUGAUAACGAUACUGAGGAUCUGUUAUUCCUUCUAUUCCUUUGAUGACCAAAGAGGUACAGUGGAAGUCAUCCAUCUUUUUCCUAGGAAAUGCGGUCCUUCCUGCCAAAAUCUGAAGUUUCCUUUUCCUGCCUUCUAUCCAUUUAUUGCCCAUAAUUUUCAAGAAAAGGUAGGUAUAGAAACACAUGGGAAAGUGUGAUGGUGAAGUGAUAUUUACAAAAAUGAGAACAUAUGUCCAAAAUGAAUUCUGGACUCCUCUUCAGAAUUGGCCAUUUAAGAUAUUUUCUGUGAAUUCAAGUUGUAAUGCUUAUUUGCAGUUUUACCAGUCUUUAAUGUACAGCAAGAAAACUAUAUAAAACUGUGAAUUGAAUCAUCAUUAGUAGAAGAGGAUAAAAAAAAGUGUGGAAAUAGAUAUAAAAAUGAAUUUAAACAUGAUACUUAAUUUGUUUACAGAAAUAAAACUUGCUGUAUAAAUCCGCAGUAAUUAGUUUUGACUAGGAGGCUGUUUUUGUGUAAUAACUAGCGUACUCUGAGGACAGCUUGGUCAAACAAUAAAAUAUAUUGUUACUAACUGUU